CUUUCGAAUUGUCCGCCAAAUUGGACGCUUCACGUGUCCGUAAUUUUCGAUCCACCCACGGGAGCAGGCGAAACAACAACAAGAGCACAGAAACUGUCAAAAAAAAUAGCUACCCACACACCUUGUGCCAUUCGCUGAAGUUGCUGUUUUGGGCGAAAAGAUCCUCGCAAAAAGUGCGCAAAAGUGAAGAAAAUCGGAGGCGAAAACCCAAAGCGAACUCUUAAUUGUCUGGAGGAGGAUCAGAACUGCCACCCAAAUGGGGCAGAGCAGCAAGUCCGGAAGCGCCGUAGGCGGCGGGGGCGGAGGCGGAGGCGGAGGAGGCGUGGUCUGCCCCUCCACGGCGAUCAGUGGCUGUGCCUCCGGAACGGCGCUCAUCCAACUGGAUGCCACUGCUCCAGGAGCCGCCGGAGCUGGGGAGUCGGAGCAUGAACGCGGCACUUGGACGGGUCGCUUCGAUUUCCUGCUCUCGCUGCUAGGAUACUCAGUGGGCCUGGGCAAUGUGUGGCGGUUUCCCUACCUGUGCUACAACAACGGAGGAGGAGCCUUCCUCAUCCCCUUCACCAUAAUGCUGGUGAUUGCCGGACUGCCGCUGAUGUUCAUGGAGCUCUCCUUUGGCCAGUACGCCGCUCUGGGUCCCGUGGCCGUUUACCGCAGGUUCUGCCCACUAUUCCGGGGACUGGGAACCGGCAUGAUCCUGGUGUCCGCCAUAGUGAUGCUCUACUACAACCUGAUCAUCGCCUGGACCAUCUUCUACAUGUUCGCCUCGUUUGCGCCGGUGCUGCCCUGGCAGAAUUGCGAGCCGGCCUGGAGCACUAAAUAUUGCUUCUCGUACGCCCAGGCGGACCAGUGCGAGGCCACCAAUGGCACCUACUACCUGCGCACCUGCCACAACGCCACCUCCGCGGCGGAGAACAACAUCACCGCCCUGGCGCUCGGCGCCCUGAAGCGUCCACCAGCCGAGGAGUACUUCAACAACUUCGUGCUCGGCCUGUCCAAGGGCAUCGAGGAGACGGGCAGCAUUAAGCUGUCACUGGCCGCCUGCCUCUUCCUGGCGUGGACGAUAGUGUUCCUGUGCCUGUGCAAGGGCGUCCAGUCGUCCGGCAAGGUGGUCUACUUCACGGCCCUCUUCCCCUACGUCGUCCUGGUGAUACUCUUCGUCCGGGGAGUCACGCUGCCGGGUGCGAGCACGGGCAUUAUCUUCUACCUGACGCCCGACUGGAAGCAGCUGGCCAACGCCCAGGUCUGGGGCGAUGCUGCGGUCCAGAUAUUCUUCGCAUUGAGCCCGGCCUGGGGCGGCUUAAUCACGCUCUCGUCCUACAACAAGUUCUCCAACAACUGCUACAAGGACUCGCUGAUCGUGGCCUUCUGCAACAUAGCCACCUCCUUCUUCGCCGGCCUGGUGAUCUUCUCCAUCAUUGGGUUCCUGGCCCACGAGCUGAACGUCGAUGUGGAGAAGGUGGUGGACCAGGGCGCGGGUCUGGCCUUCAUUGUCUAUCCGGAGGUGGUCACCCGGCUGCCCAUCUCGCCCGUUUGGGCCGUUCUGUUCUUCGUGAUGCUGCUGACCCUGGGACUGGACUCCCAGUUCGCUCUGAUGGAGACGGUGACCACGGCGAUUCUGGACAGGUUCCCCAACCUGAGGCAGUACAAGAUCUGGGUGGUCCUGUCGGUGGCCAUUUUCGGUUACAUCGGCGGCCUGGGCUUCACCACCAAUAGCGGCAUGUACUGGCUGCAACUGAUGGACAAAUAUGCUGCCAACUGGUCCGUGCUGCUGAUUGCCAUCUCCGAGUGCAUCCUGAUUGCCUGGAUCUAUGGAUCCCAGCGGUUCCUCAACGACAUUCAGGGCAUGAUUGGCAAGCGAUCCUGGUUCUGGAAUUUCUUCUGGGGCAUCAUGUGGCGCUACAUCACGCCAGCCACCCUCUUGUUCAUAUUGUUCUUCAACUGGGUGGAGUACAAGCCGGCCAAGUAUGGUCACUAUGUCUACCCCAUGUGGGCGGAUGCAGUGGGCUGGAUCGUGGGGCUGCUGCCCGUGCUGGUCAUCUUUCUGGUGGCCUUCCAGGAGAUUUGGCGGGCGCCCAAGAGCCUCAGCUUCCGGGAACGCAUCAAGCACCUGCUGCAGCCCACCGCCGAGUGGGGACCAGCGGGCAGACCCUGUGUCAACCUGCACGCCGAGCGGUACCAGAGCCAGAACUACGACGGCGUGACCAACACCAAGAUCCUCAUCGAGGAGGAGGCCUCGCCCAAGCAGGCGGCGGCCAAGAAGGACAGGCAGCUGACCCUCGACGUGGACGUGGAUGUCGAGUGCCUGCCCCUGGCGACUGUGGGCAAGCGGCCAGGUGCUCCAAAGUCAAUGGGCAAGCAGGGCAGCAGCGGCAACCUGCAGACGAAUGCCAAGAACGGCACCCACAAGUCGCCAACCACCGAAAUCAGCCCCAGCAAGCAGCCUCUUAUUCCGGCCGAAAAGGACAAUAAGUCGGCCACCACAAAGGUCCUGGCCGCCGGAACGCAGAACAGCGGACGCGAGUGCACCACCAUGUCCACUUUCGCGGGCGGCGGGGAGAAGAAGCCAACCAAAGUCAAUUCGGGCGCAGUAGCCACAACUGCUGCAGCCACGCUGGCCAGCAGCAACACCACGACAUCAGCAACUGUUGCUGCUGCCACCAAAUCACCGCCUCCAGCUGGUGUGGCAGUUUCCACUUCAGUGGGUGUGGCUGCCACAGGGGCAACUGUUGCUGCUGCGGCAAAUGGCAAAGCUAGCAUUGCUGCUGGCAAAGCCACACUGAAAACGACAAUAUCAUCAGGUGCUGCUGCUCCUACUGCUGCUGCUGCUGCUGGUGGCAACAAAGCAGCCAGUGUUGCAACUGCAACAGCAUCAGUCGCCGCUGGCAAAACGCCUGCGGCAGCAAUGGCUUCGAAUGUGGCAGCUUCGGUUAAAGUGUCGCAAACGGAAAAGACGGCUCCACUUAAGACCACAAUAUCGGCCAGUAUUGCUGCUGCUCCAGGCGGCACAAAAGCGUCAACGGCACCUGGUAUUGCAACUGCAACAGUGAUCAGUGUCUCGCCAGGAGCUGCUCCAGUGGCUGGAGCCUCAAAAGCCGCCGCUCCACUCAAAGCCGGGGCUGGUGCUGCAGCUGCGGUUAAUGCAGCACAGGCCGCAAAAAUCACACCAGCUGCCGCUCCAUCGGCACUUGUUGCUACUGCGCCGCCAGCCAAGUCCACAUCAGCAUCGGUGGCGAAGACAAAUACCAACGCUGGCAGCAAGCCAGCGGCCGCAUCAACUGCACUCAAGUCGGAUGGCCCAGCUGCAGCAGCAAGUGUUGGUGUGACGAACGGAAAGGUCACGCCGAGUGGAGGAGUCACAGCAAGUGCACAGCCAGCGGUUAACCAAAAAGCGACAGCAGCAGCAACCCAAAAGUCGCAAGUGGAAACUGCAACGGCAACGCCAGCAAAAACUGCCUUGAAUCAAAAGCCGAUUGCCCCAUCAGCGGGAAGUGGCAAGGUGGCCACGUCGGGUCCAGCCGAACUGUCCAGCAGCCGGAGCACGGAUAAUCCACCGGCUGCAAAGGGCGCGGCCAGCAGCAGCAUGUCGGCCAAGUCCGCGAAGGCCGCCAGGACACAGGCGAACGAAACCAGCCCCACGAAGACAGCAGGGAAGCCCCUUAAGGCCGGCUCCACCAGUCCCACUAAAGCGGUGGCCAAACCAGGAGCAGCUGCAGCCAAGACUGCAGCGACAUCUGCUGCAACAGCGACUGCUGCGGGCAGCAGCAGCAGCAGCGGCAAGAAGGCGGCCACGUCUACAGCUGCAACACUGGGCAGCCAGGCGAAGACGAAAGGCAAUGCAACCGGAGCGGGAACUAAGAAGUAAUAGCCAGAGCGUACCAGGUAGGAUCUGUGUGCCGAGGUCGAGGUCAACGCAUACGUGUUGUUCCCAAUAUCGAAAACUAUUUUUAUAAGUAUA